GGAGGUGAACAUCGAGGGGCGCCACUGCAAAAUCAGCUCUAAAAACUCGUGGCCGUGAAAAAAACAGAAGGUGGCCAUGACUGCAGAAGCAUCCAGAGAAGUCCCUCUUGGAGACUUGGGGCCCCAGAGAGGGGCUCCUGGGGAGGGUGCUCCGAAGAGAGACAAGUGGGCCAACAAGAUGGAGUUCCUGUUCGUCAUGGCUGGAGAAAUCAUUGGGCUCGGAAAUGUCUGGCGCUUCCCCUACCUGUGUUUCAGGAAUGGAGGAGGUGCCUUUCUCAUCCCUUACUUUGUGGUCCUCCUCUUUUGUGGUUUCCCGUUAUUCUUCAUGGAGACCGCACUGGGCCAGUUCACCAGUGAGGGUGGGGUCACCGCCUGGAGGAAGAUAUGUCCCAUGUUUGAGGGAGUCGGGAUGGCAUCGCAAAUUAUUCUGCUGUAUGUGAGCAUCUACCGCACAGUGGUGUUGGCUUGGAUCCUCUUCUAUCUGUUCAACUCCUUCAGAAGCCCACUGCCCUGGGCCACAUGUGACAACUGGUGGAACACUGAUAUGUGCCACAACCGCCUCAGCAUUUACGCCAACCCCCAUAUGUUUCAACCUGACUCCAACUGGUCGUUCCUGCACAACACCACCCCGUCCGGUGAUUACACCGACGACUACUUUGACGUCAAUGGCACCUACACUGCAAUGAACUCACCUGAAUGGGACUUCUGGAAUAUUCGUGUGUUGAGGAUGACAGACCAGAUGUCCCUGAUCAAUGUACACUGGCAGGUGGCUGCCUGUCUGCUCGUGGCCUGGAUCAUGUGCUACUUCUGUGUCUGGAAGGGAGUCAAGUCUACAGGCAAGGUGGCGUACUUCACUGCUACAUUCCCCUACCUGCUGCUGUUCAUCCUCUUUAUCCGUGCGGUGACACUCCCAGGGGCCGCAGAUGGUCUGAAAUACUAUCUCAUGCCCGAUUUCAGCAGGAUCGCCGAUCCCAGAGUAUGGAGUGAUGCAGCGAACCAUGUGUUCAUCUCCUUCGCUGUGUGUCAGGGAGUACUAACAGCUCUGGGGAGCUACAACAAAUACAACAACAACUGCUUCAAGGAUUGUGUGACGCUCGUCUGUCUGAACAGCGCCACCAGUAUCUUUGCUGGCUUUGUUGUCUUCUCUGUACUGGGGUUCAUGUCUUAUGAAAUGAAUGUAUCAAUUGAGGAGGUUGCUUCUGCUGGUUUUGAUCUGUGCUUCAUGGUCCUUCCCAAGGCUCUGUCACUGCUGCCUGGCUUUUCUUUCUGGGCUGUGCUUUUCUUCCUCAUGUGUCUCUUCCUGGACCUGGACAGUCAGUUUGUGCUUGUGGAGAGCCUGGCCACAAACAUCACAGAUAUGUUCCCACAUUUCCUGAGGAGGCCAGGCAGAAGAGAGAAACUGGUCCUGGUCAUUGCUGCUUUCUGCUACCUGCUGGGCCUAGUGUUUGUCACCGAGGGAGGGAUUACGCUCUUCUACAUGUUUGACCACUACGGUGCCGGUCAUAUCAGCCUGAGGUUUAUAGCCUGUUUUGAGACUGUCGUCAUUGCCUGGGUGUACGGUGCCAACCGUUUCUAUGACAACAUCGAGGACAUGAUAGGGUACCAGCCAUUCCCUUUGCUGAAGUACUGCUGGCUGUUUGUUAUACCGUUGGUCUGCUGGAUGACAUUGGUCUAUGACUUGAAUAACAGUCACAUAGUUGGAGUUUAUGGCUACGAGCCUGGCUCCUGGAUGUUCAUAUUGGGCGGACUACUCAUGCUGAUCCCACUGAUGUGCAUCCCAGUAUACAUUGUGGUUUCACUGUGCAGGAAUCCCCAAAACAUGACAACACCAUCCAGUGAUCUGCGUCAGGCUUGGCCACACAAGCCAGUGCUCACCCUGUGCAACCACGUCAUCUUCAAGGGACAGGCAAAGCCACCGAGGACAGCAGGGGAAAGAGACGAGAAGAUGAUGAUGGAGACAAGCGGUGUAUGAUGUGUGAUGACACACACAUACCUGCAGCCCCUGGGGGUGAGAAUCAUUCUCACAAGACCAUCAUCGACUUGACCCAGUCCGUGACAACAAAAGCAAAUGCGAGUUGUAAUUACAUGUAAAGUGUUAGAAAUUUUUAGACCUGUUUAUGGAUAUUAAUCUUACUGGCCACUUAAAGUCCCCCGCCAGUCAUUUAGUAACACCCUAAAACCCCUAAAACUAAUUUCUGUUUAUCAGUAUUACAUAUUUAAAAGGUUUUUCUGUGGAAAAAACAUCCCUUUGUGCAUUAAAUUUAACUCUAAAACCAGCCCUCAGUAAAAAUGUGCAGAUCUGUGAAUAUGUAAAAUAGUCCCCGCCCACCUCCCCGCCUGCUCACACACUGGCUCGUAACCAGAACUCUGUUCACAAAACGUGGAAGUCUAACCACGAAAAAAAAAACAAAAAAAAACAAAAAAAAAACCCAUGAAUUUCUUAGUUACACUUAGACUGUUCA